AUGUCAAAGGAGGUAAAUAGGUAGGAAUAUGCAAGAAAGAAGCAUUUUAAUGAUAAAAAAAAACAAUUUGCAAUUGACAAACUUAAGACUUAAUUUCCAAAGACUUUGGAGUCUUUCUAAGAGGAAAAUUAAGAAUUGAAAGAUUGCAAUAGUUCAAAGGGUUUAGAUUCUAAUAAAGAAAUUAAUCAUAAAGAAGGUUGCUCUCAUGAAAAUUAAAAAAAUUAAUAAUAAUAAAAAAGGAAACUAGUAAAAAAUUAUAUUUACUACAAAACAGAAUAUAAUUAUGGAAGAGGUUAUUCUCCUGAAUAUUAUUUUGCAAGAUAAAUUUAUUAGAAAAAAUAGGCUGAUUUGUUAAAAGUAGAGUUAAAAUAAAAAAUAUUAAAGGGAAAAGAUUAUAAUGACGAUUUUUUAUAUUGA